AUUCAAAAGAGGAAAGUUUGAAUGGUUUGGACGACUAACUAGGAAUCAAGCCCAUAGUUUUUAUCAAUUUAUUACGUUUUUAACCAAAACAGAAGUUAAUGAUUAUGAGUCGUUACAAGCCAGUUACUAGGGCAGCAUUCAGCCGCCAACCAGCUCAUUAUUUGCUCUUUGAUGUUGGACAUCCAAUGACUUUAACCCAAAUACGCAGUACUGCAACGGCUGUACAAAAUGUUUUAAUACUGGCUUGUUCAAUUCGAGGAGGGAGUCGUAUUCCUGCUUUUGGAUUAGCAAUGAUUAAUCGAAAUUUUGAAAAUGUGUGCAGCCUAGAGGCAAUCCGAGGAAACUUUUCUAAAAUUGUAGCUGCUUUUAAUUCUCUCUCAAAUCAGGCCAAAAUGAGUGAAAAAAUUCCUUUUCAAGAGUUUAAGGAUUAUGUGUACCUGGCAGUAAAUUCUUUACUGGAGGAUUUCAAGUCCAAAUCUGAAACUAUGUCUGGAAACAAAAAAUGGCUCUUUCCUCCACAACUUCAGAUAACAAUGGUGACUGCAAAGAAUGGUUCUUAUGUUCAACAGUGUCUGGAAGAGGCUGUGAAGACUCUGAAUAUUGCAAAGCUUAGGAAGAUACAGGUGGUACAGUUACAGAAUCUGUUGGGUAACCUGGCUACUGCAAGCAAUAAGGAAGAACCAUUACAGAAGAUCAACACAGACUUCUUAAGAGGUGUAGAGUUUGUAGUAUUAAUUCAAGUUGCUGGAACUGAGGAAGAACUAGAGAGCUUAUUCAAAACUUGGUUGCUGGAUUGUGACAUUGACCAUGAACAUCUGCGCAUAUCCUUCCCUACUUCACUUAACCUUCCAGGUUCAAUAUCUUCAUCGCUCAAAUGUGACAUUGGUGAAUGUCUCAUAAAUCCCUUUUCCCUGCCAUUUGGUCAUCGCUAUCAGCUUCAGAUGGACUUCUGUAGCAUCCAAUUGGGAGGAAGUGGACUAACAAAAUCUGCUGGUAUGUUACUUAGCUAG